UUCGACAAAUCUUUCGACACGUUAUCGUUUCGUUAAAACGGUUGUUACGGCUUUAUUUAAUACUAGUGUGAAGUGAUCUUACUGUAGAUAAAUCUGGAAUGGCUUACAGAGGAAACGCAUGCUAGCUAGCGGUAUUUGUGGAAGUGACACAGGAAGAAGUUGAUCUAAAAUGGGAGACGAUCGACCUUUUGUCUGCACUGCCCCAGGCUGUGGACAGAGGUUCACCAAUGAGGACCAUUUGGCAGUACACAAACAUAAGCAUGAGAUGACGCUGAAGUUUGGACAAGCUAGAACAGACACAGUUAUCAUAGCAGAUCAGACACCCACUCCCACCCGAUUUCUUAAGAAUUGUGAGGAGGUGGGUUUGUUCAGUGAGCUGGCUGGCUCCUUUGAGCAAGAUCUCCGCAAAACACAGGAAGAGGAGGAGAGGAGAAUUAAGGGCACGCUUCCAGUUCUACAGACACCUACAGAGGUUAAAGAGAGGGAGGGGCCUCUUGAGAUUGACUCCUCCCCUCCGGACAGCCCAGACUCCGCCUCCAGCAUGACAAACAGCAAAGAUGCCAUUGGGAUGGCAAAAGAGCCUCUUGCUAUGAGGAAAGCCAAGGAUGUUCCUCCACGAACUGCAGCAAGUUCCACUCCUACACCAACCAUAGUGCGCCCAGGCUCACUCCCACUUCACCAAGGAUUCGACGCCAUGAACCCAACUCAGCCCUCUCCCACCUCUGUUAUCACCAGGACCCCUCCGUCAAACAGACUAAGUUCGCCGUCUGGUUCUUUUCCCAUGCUGAUGCAGCUUCCAAAUGGUCAGACUGUUCCUCUGUUGCCCAGUCCAGGGCAGACUUCAGUCAUAUCGCUUGCCAGAUCAUCAAACCCAGUGCCCAAUAUCCCAGGGAUUCCAGGCCCUCCUAUUGGUGGGAGCAGCAGUGGAUCCUCCUCUCCGUCUGGAUACAGUACACAUUCUGAUGCCAAGACGAGGCUAAAAGCAGCACUAGCUCAGCAGAGUCCUAGUGGACCAGCACCAAUACAAAAAACAGAUCAGACUGAGACACCAUCACCUGCUCAACCACAGGUGUCCCCUGCUCCACCAAAAGGAGGCCGCAGACGACGAGGAGCAGAUAUUGAGCCGGAUGAGCGCAGGCGCCGUUUUCUUGAACGGAAUAGAGCCGCUGCUUCCCGUUGCCGGCAAAAACGGAAAGUGUGGGUCAGUGCCCUGGAGAAGCGCGCUGAGGAGUUAGCUAAUGCUAACGUCACGCUCACAAGUGAAGUUUCCCUAUUGAGGACUGAGGUGACCCAUUUGAAGGAGCUGCUGUUGGCCCAUAAGGACUGCCCUGUUACUGCCAUGCAGAAAAAAGCAUAUCUUGCUGCAGGGGUGGAUGAGAGUUCGGUGGCGGCGUUGGUGAUGCCCGUGUCGGUUCCGGCUCCAGUGUCGGUUAACGGUCUGAGCGUGCGUGCGGCAGAGGCUGUUGCUGUUUUAGCGGGAAUGGGCUCGGGCCAGUGGAGUAACACAGCUGGAGAUGCUUCCUCCCAAUCGCAGCCCACAUCCAGAUGAUGAGCAUGUCGUUCAGCCAAUGAGAACUAAUUAUACUUUCAGAGGAGCGAAUCCCCCCUUUCCCCUCAAAACUGUCAGUCCUGGUGUGUUUGUAAAUGCUCUCAUGUGACAAAUGGGAAGCAAUGUUACCAUGCUUUGACCACACCCUGCUCACCCGUAGCCUAUCGCAGACUCUCCCCAGGCUAAGUAGUGACAUCAUUCGACGCCCCUGUCAGACUGCACCGACUAGGAAGCAUUGCAGUGGAAAUGAAGUCUCUUCAGUCAUCUCUAUAAAAUACACCUUUACAU